AACUGCAAAGUAUCAGAGAGGGAGAAGGAACAAGGGAAGCUGAGAGAGUCAAGAGAAGAGAAGGAAGCAAAAAGAAAAAAGAGCAACAAAAAGGAGGAUAGCUCAGCUCACAGGCGCAGCGACCCAGGCUGAGAGGAGACGUUUAGCUCACCAGGCGGAAAAAAAAAUACAAGAAAUUGCAUUUAAAGUUUUUUUUCAUUGGGUAAAGAAAUCAGAAGUCUCCCUGGAGAGGAAAAGGAUCAAGAAGAAAGAGCAAUCAGAGGAGCUUCUGCAGCCUCCGAGUGCCCUGCAGGGGAAGAUGGAUUCAGACUCUGGAGAGCAGAGUGACGGAGAUCUCUCUCCAGGUCAGGAGAGCUUUAACUCUCGCUCCCUGGCAUUGCAGGCCCAGAAGAAGAUCCUAAGUAAAAUGGCGACCAUGGUGGUAGCCAACAUGCUGACAGAUGACACUAGCAGUGAGAUCUUGGACGAGCUUUACAAGGCGAGCCGGGAGUUCACCAAGAGCAAGAAAGAAGCCCACAAAAUCAUCAAGGACGUAAUCAAGAUUGCCCUGAAGAUCGGCAUCUUAUACCGCAACCACCAGUUCAGCCCUGAAGAGCUGGACACAGUGGAACGCUUCAAGAAGAAGAUGAACCAGGCGGCCAUGACAGCAGUGUCGUUCUACGAGGUGGAGUACACCUUUGACAGGAAUAUUCUGUCAGAGCUCCUGCUGGAGUGCAGGGACCUGCUUCACACGCUGGUUGAGCAGCACCUGACCGCACGUUCACAUGCACGCAUUGAUCAUGUUUUCAACCAUUUUGCCCAUGGGGAGUUCCUGGCCGAGCUCUAUGGGGAUGGAGAGGAGUACAGACUCUCUCUGAGGAAGAUCUGCAAUGGCAUUAACAAACUGUUGGAUGAAGGAACGCUUUAACCGCUCACACAUGACCUCUUGCACAUCUAGCUCUUACUCCUUCUCUUGCUGGUCUCUCCUGCCUCCUUCUAUUACCUUUACACUUGCUCACCCCUGACCUCUCACAUUCACUUCCUUUUUGCUCUGUCUUCCUUUUUCUUCUGCUUCUAUUUUCAUGGAGCUACUGUAGUUGUAACAUCCUGCUGCUGUGGUUCAG